GGGACCACCUGGCGCCACACGCCAUACACAGUGAAUGGACCACGAACAUUCUGGCUACCUACUAGGUAUUCCUGGACAAACCUCGCCUUUGGGCAGGGCGGAUGCCGCUUCCUCAGGGGCCCAGGAGCUUCAGCACUCCGGGACAGGUGCGGGGUCCUGCCCCCACGAAUCAUCCCACUGCUCUCGCCUGCUCCAUCCUCAGCCGGGAAUCCGACUGGCUACCUUCACAGGACUGACCUCAUGGCCCCUUCCUUCCCCCUGUUGUUACUCCAGUCUUCAAACGAGGACUCACCAUGGCGCCAAGGACAGGUCGCAGACCGGACGCCCUGGAAUCCCCGGGACCGUCCUGGACCUUCCCUCCCCACCCUGCAGACGGGAGCCUCUUAAACAACGCGAGGGAGAGAGUUUUCCGGCUCUGGCGGAAGUUCUGCCCGCGCGGGACAGGAAGUCCCUCCCUUCCUUGAACGCCUGCGACCCCACGCCACGCAGAGGCUGCCCCUUCCUGGAGACUUUCCGGAUCUCCACAGACCUGUUUGUCCCUCCGUCAUCUCUUCUACCUGCUUUAGUGCGUCCUGCAGCGCUCCUCUUCCUCGGGGCAGUGGAAUUUGAUCCUCAGAUGUUUCUUCACUAUUCAUAUAUACCAGUUGAAGCCAGAAGAACAUCUACCAAGAGCAGACAAACCAGGAGGAGAAUUCUGCCUAUUUAAUACAUUCCAAUGUGGACGGUUUCCUUUUAUUUUAAAAAAUAUAUAUCAUCAGCUGGGGAAAAAGUGAAACUCCCGUGUACCUCUUAAUUUGUGUUUUUUUCCAAAAUCUGUACCCAGCAACUCUGUGCCUUUUUUUAUUUGGCUGUAAGCCACGGUACUGGAGGCAGGCUUGAAGUGGAUAUACAGAGCACCUUUAACCCAGAAAUUAAUCUCACAACUUGGGAUCCUUGUUUAAGACGUGACUGUAUCUACAAUUUCACUUACAGGAUCUCUUUUUGCCAGUAUCUAGUUUUGUUAUAAAGCUGGUCUUGGGAGGUAAACUAGGAAGCUUAACAAGAAAUUUAAGAAGGUUGGGCAGGCAGGAGUGGCUAUACAUGCACCUGGAGAGCAUGAUACCCAAGCUAUAAAUGGUCGAAAGACCAUGGGAACCACUUCUGAGCCACCCCAAAGAAGCAUGCUUUAUAUGAAAAAGGGGCCUAGAGACAGAGUGUAUGAGUUGUUUUCACUUUAAAUUUUCUUUUUUUGGUGGGGGUGGAAGGGGGAUGAAUAAUGUGAUAAAGAUACAGGAGUUGUAAGCACCAACGUUGGAAGUAGCUGGAGGUGGGGUGGGGCUGAGAAAUAGUUUGUGAAACAGACCGGCUGCUAACGGAUCCAGAACUUCCCUGAGGGUUCCACCUCUGCUCUGUAGGGACAAGGUUGUAAAUAGACAAGCCCCGGGGCAUCUGCAGAUGAUAAGUGUGGUAGAGAAGGAUUGGAGUCGUUCUGCUUGUGUAUCUGUGGGAAGCAGCUGCUAUCCUUGAGGAAGAAAAGGUGGAGAAGGAAACUGGCUAUCAGUCUGUCAGUAACAACACAUCCUGUGAAGUCUUACUCUUUCAUUCCUGACACUUUGGUUCUUACAUCCGUCCUAAACCUGGCAGCCUCAUUGAGGUUCACAGAGCAUCUCCUCCUAUGUGACAGUAAGACUGGAAUUAUUAUCAGGAUGGAAUCUAUUCCUGCCAGAGUAAAACCACGAGAGGAAAUCACAGUCAGUAUUCGUUAUCUGCUUAUCAUUUUUAAUAGAUCAUGGAGUUCUAUGCUCCUUAUUUGGUAUUUGGCAAUUUGAUAAAUAACCCUUGAUUAAUAUCCUUUAAUAUUCUAAUUUCUUUUACAGUGUGAAAAAUCUGUCAUACGUAAUGUUUUCUAAAGAUUAAAAUGCAUACCAUAUAUGUUUAAAGGCAGCAUCUCCCUGUCUUUUUUAUCCCACAAAUAAUUACAGUGUUUUGUAUUGGUUACACGUGUUGAAGUAGAGGGAUUUACCUAUUUCCAUUCUUUAAAAUAGAGGAGAGUCUUUGACAGAUAAAAAGAAAGGGGAAAAUUAUGAAAGGAAAUAAAAGACGUGGAUAAGGGAGAUUAGGAAGAAAUCCAGUACUCUUGGCAAGGGAAUUAGUCUAAUCUUUGAUCCAAGUCUUGGUUGCUUAUUGUUAAGGCUUAUUUGUUUGUUUGUUUGUUUUAUUAAAAGUUGCAAUGUCCUGAGUGAGAACUGUUCUCAAAUACCUUAAGAACAGCAGAAAAAUUACUUCCUCCUUCAACACCCACAAUGACCUGGAACAUUUUCAACCAUUAAGACCUAUCACUGUUUCAAAGACCAGCUCCAUAUUGUUCACAAAAUGUUUUCCUGAUUAGCUCCUCUUCUGAGAAAUUAAAAUUGCUUUUUCUUUGCUUUAAUAAAUAGGAUUAUUAUGUCCUUUA